AUAAAAUCAAUGAAGUAGCUUCUUUUAAGUAAGAUGGCCGCCGUUUAUAGUGGAAUCCUCCCCGACGUCUGGCGUUUGGUUGCAAUGAUUUUGCCUCUAUACAUGUAAAGAAAGCAUACUACUAUGUAGUUUAGAUUUUCACGUUCAACUUGAAGGACUGCAGCUUUAAAACGAUAUAAAACGUCAAAGAAAUGCCGAUAUUUGACGCAACAACAUCUCCCACUCUUCAGGGAAACAUUGAAAAUGAAUCAAUACCUCGGGAACAAGCUGAACACAUGCUCCAGGAUUUGAUCAACGAAAUGAAUGCUCAAAAUUUUGACUCAAUACAGUAUGCAUCCCAAAGAACUGGAUCCAAACUUUUCUUUUUGAUGACAAAAACGAACUUGCAUCUGGUUGAUAUUUACAACAUGAUUGAGGCCUUUCGCGAGAAUCGCCUUCAUACUAUGCAGCAUGACGUUGAAAUCCACGAGUCAAAACUGGAAGCUGUGUUAUCGAGUAUAUUUUAUGCCCUGAACAAACGUAUACCUUCAACUACUGAUAUUGACGUCGAAAAAAGCAUCGCUCUAGUCAAACAAUGGCUUUUGUACGCCUAUGACAGUGAGGGCAAUGAUAGGGUUCAAGUUUUAUCGGUGAAAACGUCACUUUCAAUGCUGUGCGCUGGACGAUUGGUUGAUAAGCUAAGAUAUGUUUUUUCUCAAGUGUCGGAGGAGAAUGGCAAACUAAAUUUUGCUAAAUUUGAAGCCUAUCUGAAAGAAAUCUUAAAGCUUCCCGAAGCUGUUGGCGAGUCUCCGACUUUUGGUUUUAAUGAAGAUGUUGUUAAUUCAUUUUUUAGACCCACUGGGCCUUUGCGAAAGGAUUCGACAACUUUAGAACAUUUUCUUGAUUGUAUCUGGGCAAGCAAUUGUCCUCCCUCGCUUCUCUGGCUUGCAGCAUUUCAUAGGAUUAUCAACGACACAAAUUCGAAUCCUGAACCCUCAUGGAAAAUUCAGAAGAAGCCUGUUCCUAAAUUGCCGGAGUAUUAUGAAGAAGUACCUCCUAAUCAAUUAUAUGACAUAUCAAACGUUGUUCCUCCCGUUGAAGACUUUUCUACAAUGAAUGGUGGUUCUCACUCUACUCCAAGCUCUUCUGGUAAAAUUAGUGAUCCUGACAGCUUUGACUCCAGAAUUGAUGAUGAACAUAAACUGAUUGCAAGAUAUGCAGCAAGACUCGCUGAUAAUACGGACGCUGAGGUGAGGGAUUCAAAAGCACCUACUGAACUUCGACGUGAUUUGGAGGAAAAUAAAACCAAGAGAAAAAUCAUCAAUGAUUUGCAGUCCAAGAAUAGAGAAUUAUUGGAAACAAUUCGAAAUUUACGUGAAAUCCGUGACAAUUCUACUGACAAACCAAACGCCAGUGGAGUAGAUUCUGCUCAGAUUGCGGAACUCAAGGGAUUACGUCAGAAGAAAGAUGAACUCGAGCUAAAAAUGAGUGGAUUACAAGAGACUAGAAAGGAGUUGAUGUCACAGCUAGAAGGUCUCAUGAGUAUACUGAAGGCUGGAUCACCUAGAUCGAGAUCGACGCCUAGCUCACCUUCAAUACGCCCCAGAAAUACCGAGUUGAUGCGGCGGUCGCCAUCUGAUCCAAGGGAUAGUAAUUCGGCCGUACACGUAGUCACAAAAGAGAAUCCAAGUCAGCAGGGCAAAAAUCUUCAUCGCGAUCUACUUCAUGCCACUGAUAAUGUUACCAAUGCAAUGUCUUCAUUUGUUGAUGAGCUCACUUCAGAAGAAAAAGAUGAUGAGGAUGAUGUCAAUAAUAAUCAUCGCUCAAAAGGCGGAAUAGAUAUGGGGAUUGCUGACCACUCUAGUCGUCCUAUCCUUGCUGAAGGCUAAGGCAUGUGAUAAUUCUAGGCUUAUUUGUUGCCCAUAAACUGUGUUUUAAGUCAAACUGUUUAUCUAAGACAUUUCCUAAACUAUAAUUAGUUUCAUUAUUUGUGUAAAGUUUUUUUAACGGGGAGAAUAUAAUCGAUUUUAGCCAUCCACAAAAUUGCGCAAAACUUUCUUUAUCUACUCAGAUAAUUUUUCAUUUUUAGCUCAGCGGGGUUUAAUUUCACACACAGAUAUUUAGUUUUUAUUGGGAAUGUCGAUAGCAAAAGAAAGCAAAUCUUCAUAUUUGAAUCUUGUGAAUCGUCAACUCAUAGAAUGACGAUUUAUUGUCUUAAUUCUGAAAACUCGACUGAAAGUAGCUAAUCGUCUACUGUUUGUGUAUUUUGGUUUUAAAAAUGAAAAUUAACUUUUUGUGCUCUCUUGCGGCGGUAACGUCGUAAUUUUAAUUUUUCAUUUUUGCUAUUAUGUUUGCUUCUUUAUUACAUCUCCAUGGUGAUUGAAAGUUUGAAACUCCAAAAUGCACGUCAAAUCUUUAAAUUAUGAAAACAAAAUGGAACUGGCCAUUUUGCCUAAUUGUCUUUGCAAACAGUCUCAAUAUACAAAGCUUAAAUUGACUUUUCAAAUGUGCACGAUGAAAAUAUAACUUGACAUAUGUAGGCGUAACUCGUCAAUAUUGAAGAACAUUUGCGUUGUUGUCUUCUUAUUCAGUUUGAAAAUCUUUAAAUUUUAAUGUGAGUUACUAUGAGAGGUGCAGAUGUCAUUUACAAAAUCCUAAAUAGCAAUUUUUUUAUUGUGGUCACUUUGUCAAUGAUCAAGCUUACGACAUAUGUGACGUUUCUUCGUCUUAAAGUAAUAUUUAAACCACUAUGCUAGUCUUCUCUAAUUAUAUUUUUGUAGACUAAUUGACUUUUAAAAUUUGUGCAUAAAUUAUUAAAUAGCUUGCAUAUCAUGUUAUUUGAAUUUGCAAUUAUUUUUUGUGUUGUGCAUGAUUUAAUGAGCAGAUGGUAAAUAAUGCGCGUUGGGCACCUGAUGACGCCAAAUGUAUUUAAACACAACUAGUUUCAAUUUUACUUUCAUUCAUUUGAAAUAAGAAGAGAGGCAGUUUUUAGACUCAUUCGAAAAGCAAUAAAGAUGACUCACUAUGUUCAUUGUACUAUCGUAAUCUCAUUUUUGAUUGCAUUGAGCGAAGUUACUUCGGCAAAAGACUCUUCUAUUCUUAGUGGGAAGAGAGAAUUUGCUGGAGAACAACCACUCUAUGGGUUGAGAGAAUUUGCUGGAGAACAACCAUUCCAUGGGAAGAGAGAAUUUGCUGGAGAACAACCAUUCCAUGGGAAGAGAGAAUUUGCU